UUUUUAACGAUGUCUAAAUUUGAAAAAGACUUUGAGAGUGUAGAGAUACCAUUCCAAAGACAUUUUUUUUUUAAUAAAUUUGAGUUACUUUAUAUUUUUUGUGUUGGGAAACUGCUUCUUAGCAUCUGCUUUAAAUUUUAAAUACUUAAUAUAAACAAAAUUAUUUUCAGUUAUCAAUUUCGAGGGAAAAAUUGCAUUACUAGUAAAUAGUGGAGAUAAAUAAGUAACCAUAAUUUCUUCUUUUUUUUUUGGGGAAAACCCCCGGGUCAAUAUUUUAUUUUUAUUAUGAGGAAUAUUAAAGUGAACGUAAAAUGUUUUUCGCUUGUUCCGUUGAUUAAGUUUAGCCCUCAUACUUCCGUCACGUUAUACGGGUUCAAUGUCACCCUAACUAGCGCACCCGUCCAUAUCGAUUGCUUCCUCAGUAGUUAUUACUGCCUGCCUCAUAAAAUGACUCAACCAAAAAGCUCACAAAGUUCCUUUUUGUUUAUUUGGUACUUUAAUUUUCUCGAAAUCAUUUAAUUCUAUUGCAGUAAUUCGGUGAAAAGUGUAUUUAAAAUUCCCGACGCAGUUUCCUUUUCGAAAUUUUUGAUUGCGUAGGUGGAAGCACUACCUCACCGUUUAUUUAUUUUCAUCGUUCGUAUCAACCCCAUUCCCGUUCAUAGCCGGCGGCUUUGUUGUCAACAUAGUGACAAAUGGGUGACAUGUCGAACAUUUUUUUUGAAAAUGUUUGAAUAGUGUUAUCAGUGUCCAAACGCGGCGAUGACCAAUGCAGGCCAAUCGGUCGCGUGUGAAGAAGUUUUUGAUGAGAUUAGUCAGCCUUCAGUAGACGAAAUAAAGGAUUAUGCGUCAAAAAUCGGUAUUGACCCAGAUUCAGAACCGCAGCUACUACCCCUGGCUGUCGAGGGGUUGAUGAAACCUCUUCCACCAGGAUGGAAACCAUUCUACGACGAAACGAGAAAAUGUUAUUAUUAUUUUAACAAAGAAACCAAUAAAACACAAUGGGAGCAUCCACUGGACGAGGUUUACCGAGAUCUGGUGGUAAAAGUUCGCGCAGAAAGUCAAUCUUUGAGUAUGGGUGAACCCACCGAAGAUGCUACAUACACCCGCGAAGAUUUGCCGAGUUAUGAAGAGCCUCCGCCUCCGCUUCAGCUAUCCAUACACAAGAAGAACAUCAAACUUUCUCCAUUAAGAUCGAAACCAAAAUUGGGAGAAAUAGGAGCGAGAUUCUCCGACGCUGGCAUCAAGAUCCUUCCCAAGCACGACACAAAACUUUUCCGACAAAAGUCAGAAGAAAGACCCGCCAGAAAAAUUGGGUUGACUCUGUUUGAUAGCUUCGAUGAGAAACCGCUAUUAAUGAAAAAAGAACUUGAGAAAGCCGAACUAACUCUCACUGGAGGAGGAACCAUGUUCCUUAAAUCGAACACGAAAAAGCCUGAAACAACACCAAGCCCGUUAGGCGAUAAAAUAAUCAACCAAUUUAACAACGAAAUCAAUAACGAUAAAAAAAUAUUCAAAGACUUUGAGGAUGACAAAAGAAUUUCUAAACCGAGUAAUUUAGAAAACGAUUCAUUUUUGAAUUUGGACGGAGAAACAUUCGAAAAAAACCCUAAAAUGAAAGUCAUACUAACUCCAAAAGUUAUACAUGUAGAAAAAAACGACACCACGAAGGUGGCAUCGUCAAAUAAUAAAGUAAGAAAAUCAGAACUCAACGACGCGACCAAAAUCAACAAUAAGGCAAACUUAAAAGUUAUAAAACCCGACCCAUUGGAUUUUCUUAAACCAGAACUCACAGCAAAGAAUGAGCCACCAAUAAUUUCUCCAUUAUCACCAGAAUCAGAGGAAGACAAAGAAAAGGCAGAAUCGUCUAGCUCCACUGAAGGACAUCUUCAUUUAGACGAGAAUUUGGAGAUGCGCAUUGUCGAAGAUGCAGCCAAAGCAGAACGAAUAUUCAAAGAAGAAAGCUACAAAAAGAAGGAGGAGAUAAAACGACUCAUUGAUCUUGACAGAGAAGCGGAAAUAAAAAAGUAUCGCGAGGAAUUACUACAAAGUCAGAAAUCUGAAAUGGAAAAAAUACUUGUUGAAGAGAAAAGAAAAUAUGAAGACAGAAUACGCAACGAAUUAGAAACACUGAGAAAAGAAAUGGAGCAUAGGAGUAAUGGAACGCUUAAAGAGGAAAAGACAAAACUGGAAACUAAACUGGAACAACAGAAGAGACAACUACAAGAACAUUUUAAAAAUGAAGAACAAAAGUUGGAACAAUCGUAUUUGGAAAAAUUCGAGAAAUCUAAACAACACUUUGAAGAGGAUUACAAACUGAAGCUAAUAGAUUUGGAAAAGGAACUUGAAAGAAAGUUAGAGGAAACUAAAGAUAAUCUCCUAGCAAGCCAGAGCGCUAUUUUGGAUCAAAUUCGCCAGAAACAUUCCAAUCAAGUCGAUAAACUUCAGAAAGAAUGUCAAACCAAGAAAGAGGAAGAGCAAAGGAACACAAAUUUCUCUUCGAAGGAAACCACCAAAGAUAGCGAUGACGAAAAGUACGAAAAGAUUAUUUACGAAAAACGUUUAUUGGAAGAGAAGUACAGGUGUUUGAAAGAAAAAUACCUGAAAUUAAAAACAGACGUAAAACUAUCUAUUGAAAAACGUAACAAAAGAAGAGAACAAAGCUUAACCACCACUACCGGUUCAGAAACAGAAAAAAGUCCUUCAGUGAGAAAGUCAUCGAAUUCCCCAUCUUUCAGCCGAAAAAACUCUCCUAAACACCUUCGUCUUACUGCACAUGAUAUUGACAAAAAAUCGAAAUUCGACCACAAAACUCGACAUAUUCUAAUACAAGAUUUGGACACUUCAACAAGCGACAAGAGCUUGAAAAGCGACAAACACUGUAUCAAAUCUGACCAAAAAGACUAUGAUUCGUCCGACGUAGAAGUCCAACCCGGUAGAAGCCGUCGAAAGUUAUUUUCGAGAUUGAAAAGUUCAUCCCUGUCUCGAGUAAAUGGAAAUUCAAAGAGUAAAGACAGCAGAUCGUGUUCUCCAGUAGAAAAUUUGAGGAAGCAACUGCAAAAAUUGGAAGAUCUCGAAGAUCAGUUUCCACAAAAUUCCCAAGGUGACACAUACCACUUACGGUACCCGUUUUCCGAUGGGCAAAAGUUUGAAGGUAGCUCAGAGUUAGAAUUUUUCAGACACAGAAUACAUCUAGAACGGGAUUCGAUCCGAAGGGCUAAAGAAAGUCUUCGUAAGCAAAAAACGCAAUUCAAGCAGAAACAAAACGAGAUGAAACUGAAGCAUGGAGCCAACGCUAGGCAAACUCUUCAGCAACUUUGUCAAGAAGAGAAGGAAUUGACCGAUAUGGAGGUGUCUUUACACCGAACCAGAAGCUUAUUGGGAGAAAAAGUGAUACGCCUAAGACAUUUAGAACAGUCGUUACACAGAGCGUCUGUACCAUCAUCAAACAAUCAGCAAAAGCUAGAUGAUGCCACUCUGAGCGAUUUGUCGUCUCACAGUGCCAGUUCUGGAAUUAGCUCAACAGAAUUUGUGGCAGGUGAAUCGCCUUCGCAGGCCAAAAAUUCACAAUUUAAGGAAUCAUCCGAAAUUAUUCAGAGCCUUGAAAACUUAAAUUCGGAAAUACGAGAAAUUUGGGAAGUGCUGAAUAAGCAGCAGCAUAUUAGCAGCAUUGCCACAGUUAUGACCCCACUUCCCCUCGUUUACCCCGAUUUAGGAUGGCCUAUUUUAUCAGGAACAGCUGGCCCUGUGCCCCCUUCUAUCCCAACCCUAGCCGAUCGCCUGCAGAACUACAGGCAGCAUAUAGCUCUCGCCAAUGCCCAAAGCACCAUGGUCACCCAUGAUACCCAAGGCGCCACCACUACUUUGGUAGAGAAAACAAGAAACCUUAGGCAGUGGCUAAGACAAAAUAGUCUCGACCCGUCCCUGGAAGCCGGUUCCCAUCAAACUACUUUGUAAAUAGUUUUACUUGAUAUAAUAGUAGAUGUUACAUAUGCUUAAAAAAACUACCCCCCCCCUCACUCUAAUAGUCCAUUCAUCGGUAAGUAAAUACAAAUACCUACCUUAUAUAAUAUUAAUGAUUUGUUUGUUAUCUCUUAAUAUUUUAUACUUUUAUCUUUUCAAAUAUCUAUCGAGGUUAAGAAAAAGAUAAAAUAAAAAAGCCUAACGUCAAAAGAUUGUGUUAACAUUUUUGUGCCGUCUGUCGUUCUAACGUUCAGUCAAGUACAAAAUGUGUGCCAAAGAACAAAACAUUUUUACUUGACUCUAUGCUCACCAAUAUCAGUGAACUUAAUUAUUUAUUUUUUGCAAAUAAUUGUGAAAAAUUAAACCGAUAAAAUACUCCAUUUAGAAGCUUACCUAUUUAGAUAGCUAGUUUCAUAAAAAUUGUUACUUGUUAAUAAUCACUACCUACUUUAAAUCCAAAAAUGUUUUUGUAGCCUUAAAAAAUCCCUUUUAUAAAACUCAAUCUUACGUAGAGUAAAUGUUAAUUACUAAAAUAUCCUUAGAAAAAUUUCGCUGCCAAAGCUUCUACAAAAAUACUUUAAAAUACAAUUAAUUUAGACAAAACGUAUUAAUUCGUACAAAAAGCUCAGUAUUUGUUUUUUCAUGCUCAUUUACUGUUUAAA